GGGUCCCGCGGGGCAGAGGGGAGGUGCGACGGUUCUGUCUGACGAGAGCUGGAGGAGGCUUUGGGAAGUGGUGGUGGCGGCUCCGCGGGCGCCUGAGGAGGAGGAGGAAAAGCGGAUGUGGAGACAGGGCCCACCUGAGUGCCACACGGCUUCUGGGAGCCUCCUGGCCUAUGCCCAGCUGUGCCCAGCGGCUUCCUGCUGUCUGUCAGAGGCAGCAUGGUCCACAAAACAUCAUGGGGCCCGACAGAGUGACAGCCCGAGAGCUGUGUGAGAACGAUGACCUGGCCACCAGCCUUGUUCUCGACCCCUACCUCGGCUUCCGCACCCAUAAGAUGAACGUCAGCCCUGUGCCCACCCUGCGGCGACAGCAGCACCUGCGCUCAGCGCUGGAGGCCUUCCUACGGCAGCGGGACCUGGAGGCUGCGUACCGGGCCCUGACACUGGGAGACUGGAUGGCCCACUACUUUCAGAGCCGGGGCCCACGGCAGGAGGCUGCCCUCAAGACCCACGUGUUUCGCUACCUCCGUGCCUUCCUGCCUGACAGUGGCUUCACCAUCCUGCCCUGUACCCGCUACUCCAUGGAGACCAACGGGGCCAAGAUCGUGUCCACCCGUGCUUGGAAGAAGAACGAGAAGCUGGAGCUGCUGGUAGGCUGCAUCGCCGAGCUGCGGGAGGCCGACGAGGACCUGCUGCGGGCUGGCGAGAAUGACUUCAGCAUCAUGUACUCCACCCGCAAGCGUAGCGCACAGCUGUGGCUAGGCCCUGCUGCCUUCAUCAACCAUGACUGCAAACCGAACUGCAAGUUUGUGCCUGCAGAUGGCAAUGCAGCCUGCGUGAAGGCGCUGCGGGAUAUUGAGCCAGGGGACGAGGUGACAUGCUUCUAUGGCGAUGGCUUCUUUGGGGAGAAGAAUGAGCACUGCGAAUGCUACACCUGUGAGAGGAAGGGGGAGGGAGCCUUCCGCCUGCAGCCCAGGGAGCCUGAGCUGCCGCCACCGCCCCCUGACAAGUACGCGUUCCGGGAGACCAAGCGGCGGCUGCAGCGAGGCCAGGACAGCAGCUGGCAGAGCCUGCUGGGCCCGAGGGCCUGCACCCACCUGUCCCCCCUGCGCUGGGACCCGUUCUGUGCUGUCUGCCAGCCCCUGCGCCUGCCACCCUGCAGCUCCCGCCUGGACAGCUUGCCGCUCUGGGUCCAGUGGCUGCCCCAGCCCCCGCCCCGAGUGCGCCCCCGGAAGCGCCGGUGCCCCCAGCCCCGGCAGGCCCAGGCGCCCCCUGCUCUCUGCGAGGUCCAGGUCUCCCUGCACCGCUGGGGAGGCUGCAGCCCACACUGCCGCUUGCGCGCAGAGGCUCUGGUGGCCCUGGGGCUGCCCCAUCGUGCCCGCUGGGCCCCCCAGCAGGACUGGCACUGGGCCCGCCGUUACGGGCUGCCUUAUGUGGUGCGUGUGGACCUCAGCCGCCUGGCCCGGGCCCUGCCGGCCGCCCCUGCCCCUUCUGGCACCCUAGGCCCCACCCCUGCUCCCGCCCCUGUCCCCAAGCAGGCCCUUGCCUUUGCCUCCUUCUCCCCGCCCAGGCGUCUGCGGCUCGUGGUGAGCCACGGCUCCAUCGACCUGGAUGUCAACAGUGAUGAGUCCUGACGGCCGAGGAGGGGUCUCUCUCCUGGACUCUGGGAGGGGUUGGUUCCGCAUCCCCAGGGACCUGCCCCCUGCCCCUCUGUGACUGCUGUCCCCUGAGCCACCCCACCCAGCAGGGGGCCCUCGCCCUUGCUGUCCUCCUGCGCCUCCCCUGCCUCAGGACUACAGGAGCCCCUCCCCUCAUCCCCCUCCUCAGGGAGCAAAGCCAUAAGAGGGUGGGGCCACCCCAUGGCGUCUCCCCAAGCCAGGUCUCAGGAGCAGGCGGAACCAGGGGUGGCCCUCCAGGGAUGCCUCCAGGACAAGCUGGGUUUGCUGUGGCUCUGCCGCUGUCGGGGUGGGCACAGGGGGGUGGGGGGGUGGGGCCUGUCCCCCUCACUGCCCUGCGGGUCUCAGGGAGGCUGGUGCGGCCUCAUCUUUCUAUGGUGCUAUCCCUGGUGCUACUGGGCUGUGCGGGGCUCCCUCCCUCCCACGCCAGAGCGGGAUAUGUUGGGGGAUGGAAAGCACUUGAACUUUUUAUUUUAUUGUAUUAAAACCUUGUUAUAAGCAGUG